AUGAAGCCAGCAGAGAUCAGAUUGUCUCUACAGAGACCUCUGCAGCACAGAGAUCCAGGCAUGGCACCUACAGUCACUGCAAAAAUGAACAGUUCUCAGGGGUAUCUGACUCUGACUCACAACCUCAGAAAGCCUCUGGUGGAGAAGAUACGCAGAGAGAGAAUCAACAGCUGCAUUGAGCAGCUCAGGUCUCUCCUGAGUCCAGAGUUCCUCAAACAGCAGCCAGACUCCAAACUGGAGAAGGGAGACAUCCUGGAGAUGACAGUGUGCUUCCUGAGGAGACUGCAGCAGCACCACCAAGCUGUGGACUCAGCAGCUGUUGACAAGGGCUAUUCCAGGUGUGUGCAAGAGAUGGAGCACUUCCUGUCGAAGGAAGCGGUGAAGACUCAGUCCCAGAGAAAGCUGCUGAACCACAUCAACCAGCUGCAGAACUCCUCUGAUAAAAACCUGAGAAAGGCUGACUUCUCUCCUCUGAGCUGCACAGCCCAGCCUAGCAUCACCAAAGAGUCCAGUCAACAGCGCUCCCUGGAGGCCGUGAUAGACACCUACAGACUGGAGUCGCAACCUCACUAAACACGAGGGUCAUAUUGGCCAGAAAUUACAGAACUGAAUUCUUUAAAAACUUAAAGACUUGUUCUUCUGUGUGUACAGAAGGUUUUACUUUUUUGUUCUUGCUGCACGAUUUCCUGAGGAAAUGAAAGCAACAAUAUUUUUUGUGUUAUGAAACAAAACAUCUUAUCAUGCACAUUGCAUGACUGC